CGAACGCGUCCACAUCUCGCGCUCCCGCUUGUCUUCACGCGCGUCCAUCUGCACAUUUCACAAACCCCAAUCGCAACAAUGGACCCGGAUAUUGAGCGCAUAAUGAUGGCACAGCAGGGGCGUGGAGGUCCCCAGACUCGCGCAGACACUACGGUCCCCGACAACGGCGAAGUCAUCCAUAUAUCCUCAUUAGCGUUGCUCAAGAUGCUUAAGCACGGUCGCGCAGGAGUACCCAUGGAGGUCAUGGGUCUCAUGCUGGGAGAAUUCAUCGACGACUACACAGUACAAGUCAUCGACGUAUUUGCCAUGCCGCAGUCAGGAACGACAGUCACUGUCGAGUCUGUAGAUCACGUCUUUCAGCAGAAGAUGGUGGACAUGCUGAAGCAAACGGGGAGACCAGAAAUGGUGGUCGGCUGGUACCAUUCCCAUCCCGGCUUCGGCUGUUGGCUGUCCAACGUCGAUAUCAACACCCAGCAGUCCUUUGAAUCCCUCAACUCCCGCUCCGUCGCCGUCGUCAUCGACCCUAUACAAUCCGUCAAGGGCAAGGUCGUCAUCGACGCCUUCCGCCUCAUCAACCCGCACACCGUCAUCACGGGCCGCGAACCGCGCCAGACGACGUCGAAUAUCGGCCACAUCAACAAGCCAUCCAUCCAGGCGCUGAUCCACGGCCUCAACCGGCACUACUACUCCAUCGCGGUCAACUACCGCAAGACGGAGCUCGAGCAGUCGAUGCUCAUGAAUCUGCAUAAACGCAACUGGACAGAAGGUCUGAAGUUGCGCGACUUCAAGGUGCACAAGGAGGAUAACGAGAAGGCGAUCAAGUCAAUGCUCUCACUUUCCGAGGCGUACAACAAGUCGGUGCAGGAGGAGACGACGCUCACGCCCGAGCAAUUGAAGACACGGCAUGUCGGGAAGCAGGAUCCCAAGCGGCAUCUAGAGGAGAUGGUCGAAAAGGCGAUGGGUGACCAGGUCGUGCAAAAUCUGGGGACCAUGUUGCUCGCCGAGCUAUGAUUGUCGUGACUUCUCGCACUCUUUGUGUAUUGUACUGCGAUUUUUGGUGGAACUCUGCGUGCGCAACCCUAACCGACGCUAGAUGAGCGCGAUGAAGGUCAGCAGGCGUGUAAGCACUGAGUAGAUGCCGAAGAGGCGAGUCGAGAACUGGCAUGUAGGGCUUUGUUAUCGUCACGGUGCAGCAACG